UGGUGGCGCCAGUGGUCCCGCCUCCUACGGCAAGUCGGAGGUAGCAAGAUGGCGGCCGCUGAGGAAGGUUGCGAUGUUGGGGUCGAAGCCGACCGGGAACUGGAGGAGCUUCUGGAAAGUGCUCUUGAUGAUUUCGAUAAAGCCAAACCCUCCCCGGCACCCCCUCCUCCCACCUCGGCCCCCGAUGCUUCAGGGUCCCAGAAGAGAUCGCCAGGAGACACUGCCAAAGAUGCUCUCUUCGCCUCCCAAGAGAAAUUCUUCCAGGAACUGUUCGACAGCGAGCUGGCUUCCCAGGCCACUGCAGAGUUUGAGAAGGCGAUGAAGGAGCUGGCUGAAGAAGAGCCCCAUCUGGUGGAGCAGUUCCAGAAGCUCUCAGAGGCAGCUGGGAGAGUGGGCAGUGAUGCAAACUCUCAACAAGAAUUUACUUCUUGCCUAAAGGAAACAUUAAGUGGGUUAGCCAAAAAUGCCACCGACCUUCAGAACUCAGGCAUGUCUGAAGAGGAACUGACCAAAGCCAUGGAAGGGCUGGGCAUGGAUGCAGGGGAUGGGGAGGGGAACAUUCUCCCCAUCAUGCAGAGCAUCAUGCAGAACCUACUGUCUAAGGACGUACUGUACCCGUCCUUGAAGGAGAUCACGGAAAAGUAUCCAGAAUGGCUCCAGAGUCACCAGGACUCUAUUCCUCCAGAGCAGUUUGAAAAGUAUCAGGAGCAGCACAAUGUCAUGGGCAAAAUAUGCGAGCAGUUUGAGGCCGAGACGCCCACCGACAGUGAGGCCACUCACAGGGCUCGUUUUGAGGCGGUGCUAGAUCUUAUGCAGCAGUUACAGGACUUGGGCCAUCCUCCAAAAGAGCUGGCUGGGGAGAUGCCUCCUGGCCUCAACUUUGACCUGGAUACCCUCAAUCUAUCGGGCCCACCGGGUGCCAACGGCGAACAGUGUUUGAUCAUGUGAAACACAGCGCAUUUUCUUCCCUGAGUCCCAGCCAUGGGGAACACCUGGAGUCAGCAGAGCCACUGAGAACUGAGGCAGGAGCAUCGUAUCCGGGCGCUGGGUGCUCCGCAUUCUCUACAUCCCAUUCGAGACCGUGCCAUACCAGCUGCAGAUCUGUUCUGUAGGCCGUUUCUAUGAGUCCUACUCCAUCAUGGUUUCUGCUGUUAAGAAACAAGCCAAUUAUUUGCCAGGUGAAGGAAGGCACCCCUUUUGGGGCAUUUCACUUCUUCCUGCUCCCAAAAUUAAUGUUGCAUAGGCUGUGCUCAUGGUCCCCGCUAUUCCCAGGGACUUCGUGCCUUGUUUCCACUCCCUCUCUUGGGUCUGGAGAGCAGGAGUUGAGUCCUAAGACUCUGUGCUUCUAUUAGGGGCCUCUAGGGAAUGAGGAGAAACGUAGCCUGGCUGGGGCUGGAGGCUUGUCACCACAUCUCGUCUUCAUUCUGAAUUCUCUGAGGGGAAAGGAAUUUUGCACUUAUCCAUGGUCAGGUUGGAAGCAAAGCCUUGGGCUUUUCCUGUACCGAGGUGCUGCACCCUAAUCCCCUUUUCUCCUGAGAACUUAAGUUGCAACCCUGGCUCUUUCUACAACUCUGUGAUUUGGGGGACCCCAGCUCUUGACCUUCCUUUGCCCCCUGACUCUCCUCUUAUCUCCUCUCUUUUUAGAUUCUUAUUUAUUCUGGCCUAUUUUAACAUAUGCUGUGAUAGAUGAAGGCCAGUCUUGUUUCCUUCCAUCUAUCACCUGUACCAUCCUCACUAGAUC